AUGAAUCAUUCAAGGCAGAAAAUUAAGGACAAGUUCAUGUCUAUGCAAGAAUAUGCACUCCCUAAACAAGCCAGCGCUAUCGCACCGCCAAAUGUCUGGACUAAUGUUGAUAUGGACCCAACAGCCCCAGAGCAUCAAACAUGGUCUACUUGGGCCAUCAUGGCAUACUGGAUAACUGAUAUCAUUAAUCUGGCCACUUGGGAAGUCGCGUCUGGAAUUCUUGCCCUUGGUCUAUCCUGGCGCGAAGCGAUCCCUUGCAUGGCAGUCGGAUCUGUAUGCAUCGCAGUACCGAUGGUGUUGAACGGUGCCAUCGGCACCCAUCUACAUGUACCUUAUGCUGUUAUUACUACGUCCAGCUUCGGUUACAACUUGCGGUACUUCUGUGUCGUCAGUCGCGCUAUUCUCGCCAUGUUCUGGUUUGGCAUUCAAGGGGUAAACGGUGCUCGGUGUAUCACCAUCAUGCUGUGCUCUGUAGCGCCUAGCUACAACAACGUCCCAAACGUAUUACCAGCAAAUGCUGGUAUUGACACGAAAGAUCUCUGCUCAUACCUCCUCUUUUCAAUCCUUCAGUUUCCCUUCUUACUGGUGCACCCAACGAGGCUACGCUCUAUCUUCUGGUUGAAGCUGAUAUGUGCCCCAGUUGCCGCAUUUGCUACCAUGGGCUGGUGCGUCCACAAAGCUGGUGGUACAGGGCAAGUCUUCUCGCUCCGAGCGGAAGUAUCGGGUAGCGAGUAUUCAUUUCUAUGGCUCACUAGCAUGACGACAAUUACUGGAUCAUGGGCAACUAUCGCCUGUAACAUACCUGACUUCACGAGAUACGCGCGCUCCACCAACGCACAAUUCGUACAGCUACCGUUCCUACCCAUUGUGUUCACACUUUGCGGUACGUUAGGUGUAAUUACGACCUCUGCUGCAAAGGUCUUCACGGGUACUUAUCUCUGGAACCCACUAGAUAUAAUUACACUGUGGCUAGACGGUGGUGGGGGCGGGCGGUCCGCUGCUUUUUUUGUCGCUCUGGCCUGGUUUUUGGUUCAGGUUGGCACAAACAUUACCACAAAUACCAUAUCAGCAGCCAAUGACCUCACCGUCAUGUUCCCGCGAUGGAUCAACAUCAAGCGCGGCUCCAUGGUAACUGCACUUUUCGGUGGCUGGGCAUUCGUUCCGUGGAAGGUGUUAGGAUCUGCUAAUACAUUCGUUGCCUUUAUGGGCGGCUGUUCUGUGUUUCUGGCACCGAUCAGUGGGAUAAUGGUAGCCGACUACUGGUUGGUUAAAAAGCGACGCUACGACAUCCCUGCUCUCUACGACCCCUAUGGAAAAUACCGAUUUACUGGUGGUUGUAACUGGCGUGCGGCAGUCGCCUUCCUGGUAUCAGCAGUGCCGCUCCUACCAGGCCUCGCCCUGAGCGUUGGCGGGCCAUCAACGGUAUAUAUUUCUGUCGGUGCACGGAACCUUUACUCUGUUAACUGGCUUUUUGGAUUUAUCAUGUCGACCACCCUCUACGCAACGGUAAGUGCCAUCUUUCCUUGCCAGGAUGUUGAUGCCACGCUAUCGAACCAUAACGCCGCUGUGUAA